AUGACUGGAGUGACCGCCAACUUUAUUAGCGGUCUGGACUACUAUAGCUAUUCAUUUCCAGUAUGGAUUGACAGAGAACAUGUGUUUUUCCUAGUAGAAUGUCCUCCGCGACAAGAUCAUGAUUCUGAGAGAAAGAGAGGAUAUGGAUUUAGAGUAUUUUCAUCGGAAGAAGCUGGAGUUGUAUGGCAUGAAUUCCAAUUUUUGAAAGAGGUAUAUUAUCGUACUUCCAUAGUCGGUCCACAACCUGUUUUCGUGCACGAUUGCUUGCAUUGGCUCACGAGUGACGGUAAUGUUCUUGCUUUUGAUACAAAGAGUAGUACUGGACAGGCUACAAUUAUCAACCUACCUCGUGAAGUCCUUCAUGUUUAUUUAAAUGAUCCUAUGUACGGUGCUAUUAAUUUCAUGUUCGAUGCAGUUUUGGAGUUGGUACGUGGUGUACUUACCCUCGUUUGUUCAUUCAAGAAAUUCAUAGUCAUUUUUUGUUAUGAUUAUGUAAGCCGCAAAUGGAAAGUUUCAUACACAUUGCCUAACUUCAAGCCGGAUCUGGUGGGACGUGUUGGUGGUCCUGCUUCUCCAAUAUGUUUUGAUGGGGAAAAGUUGUUUAUCUUCGGAAGAUAUAGGGCUGCACCGCGGACUGGAUAUCUGUACGAGUAUGUUUUAGAGAUGAAGACGUAUAAAAAAGUAGGUGAAGUUUUUAAUAUGCAUAGUGCUAUCUUCUUCUCGUGGGAACCAACAUUAGCCCGUAUCCCUAAGACAGAGCUUCCCCCUUACAAAGUCCACUCUAAACAUUUCCCAGAGAUUACUGCAACAUUAGAUGAGCUCAGAUGUCUGAUUGCUAAUAAACCUCGAGUUGAUCAUGUCACGAAAACACCAUAA